UCUGUCUUUUUCGCACAACAGCGAUCAAAGCAAUACUCGUUUUUUCGGUCGUUACCUCUUCGUACCCCUAAAUCUGCUUCGUUGUUUGUUGCUGUCAUCAAACACUUGUCAAUCGCUUUUGUCACAUCUCCUCCACCAAAAAUGAAGCCAAUACUCAUCACUCUGGCUUGUGCCAUGUAUGCCACGACGGCAAUGGCAUCGCCUGUUGCCUGUGCGAGUCCCCCGAACGUGGCUAUCGCGGCAUCAAACUCGACAAUCCCGCUGGUACCAGUAGCCCAAGCAUCUACACCUGCGAAACCUCUUCCACCAGUAGCCAAAGCAUCUACACCACCGAAACCGCUUGCUCCAGCUCCAGCACCAGCUCCAGCACCAGCAGACUUGAAGGCGCAGACAGUCAGCAAAGCUGUUGUUGACAUCGGGGGUUGUCCACAAGAUUGUUGGAACGAGGCAGCAGCUCUAGCCAAUUGCGACCCCAACGUCGACGACGAUUGUCUUUGCGGGCCAUUCUUCGAUGGUGUUACGAAUUGCGUUUCACAGACGUGUGAUAUAGCCGAUAACUUACAGGUGCUGGACAUGCUUGACACCGCCUGCGGGUUUUAG